GACUAAUAAAGAAUAUUAAAAACAUGACUGUUAGAGACGUGGAUGAACAGAUCACUAUUCAUACUGCAGUGAAACGAGGUGACUUCAGGGCACUCAAAGAAAUGAUUUCAAGUGGAGCUAGUGUAAAUGAAGUAGACAAAAAUUCUUUUACACCAUUACAUUGGGCUGCCAAUGUAGGUGCUAUAGAGAUUCUUCAAUAUCUGUUGUGGAAAAAUGCUGAUCCUCUGAUGGUAACCAAAGGCGGUUGGACACCUGUUCAUGUAGCUGCCAUUCGAGGCUAUGAGAAAUGUAUACAAUCACUGGCCGACAGAGGUGUAAGUGUUUCUGUUCAAGACAAGAAUGGUCAGACUCCAGGCCAUUUGGCCUCAAUACAUGGAAAUUCCGGUAGUCUUUUAACCCUCUUGCGUGCUGGCGCUGAUCUUGAAACAGUGGAUGCUAGUGGAUGGACAAUGUUACAUGCAGCUUCGUAUCAUGGAAGGUUGGGAUGUGUUCAGGUGCUACUAAAGUGGGAUCUGCGAAUAGAGGAUACGGAUAAAGCUGGAAACAAUGCUGCUCAUUUAGCAGCAAUGGAAGGUCAUUUACCUGUGUUGCAGUGUCUAAUGAGCCAAGUUAAGACUCCAUUGUAUAUACUUGGCACUCCCAAUGAUCAUGGUGAAACUGCUGAAGCCCUGGCUAAGCGGUUUUUAAAACAUGAUGUUGAAACGUAUAUAAAUAAAAUCAAAACAGAGCAGACUUUCCAUCGAGGACCAGAAUACUCAGAGGCAUUAGCGUUUCCAGCACAUGCAGCAGCUUAUUCGGGAGACUUAACUCAACUACGUGUUUUAAUAGAAUCAGGGACUGUCAAAAUAGAUGAAAGGGAUGAACAGGGUGCAACUCCACUACACAAAGCUGCUGGUCAAGGGCAUCUUAAGAUAAUUCAAUGGCUUCGAGAAAACGGUGCUGAUCCAAAGUUAAGGAAUACCUUGGGUGAAUUACCAGCCGAUGUAGCCAAAAGGUAUGGUCAGCUGGGGGCGUUAAAACUUUUAUCACCUAAAUCUGAUGGAGAAUAUGAGAAUGAUGGAAUUUCAGAUAUUAUUGAUUUACCAUCUGAUAUUCCAAUUGGUUAUACUGAAGGCGAAAAAAUGCAUCAGCUUAUAUUGGAUAAAAAUGAAGCAAUCGGUAAUGCAUAUUGUU